AUAUCUCACAUCACUGCAUUUUCAAGUGCAGCCUAUACUUGAGUUUCUAUCUAGCCAUAACUUGUAGUUUACUUCAAACUUCUAAGCAACAUGGUGGUCCUCACUUUCACAGAUGAGUUCACUAGCAGUGUCCAGCCAAGAAGAUUGUUCAAGGCUUUGAUCCUUGAUGCUCCUAACCUCAUCCCCAAGCUGAUGCCUGAGGCCAUUAAGAAUGUUCAACUGGCUGAAGGGAAUGGAGGCCCUGGAAGCAUUCAGGAGAUAACUAUUGCUGAAGGUGGUAACAUCAAACAGUUGAAGCAUAGAAUUGAUGCAAUAGACCUUGAGAAAUUGACUUACAGCUACGCAGUGAUUGAUGGGGAUGCUGCACUGGAAAAAGUGGAUUCAAUUUCACAUGAGAUUAAGUUCGAGGCCACUGAAGAGGGAGGUUGCAAGACCAAGAAUGUUAGCAAGUAUCAUCCCAAAGAAGGAGUUGAUGUUAAAGAGGAGGAUUUCAAGGCUGCAAGAGAGGAAGGUUUGGCUCUCCUCAAGGUAGUGGAUGCCUAUCUUGUGGCAAACCCUGAGGCCUAUGCUGAAGGAACUAUAAAUAGCGAUGAGUUUACUAGCACUGUCCAGCCAGGAAGGUUGUUCAAGGCUUUGGUCCUUGAUGCUCCAAACCUCAUUCCCAAGCUGAUGCCCGAGGCCAUUAAGAAUAUUCAACUGGUUGAAGGGAAUGGAGGCCCUGGAAGCAUUCAGGAGAUAACAAUUGUUGAAGGUGAUAAGAUCAAACACUUGAAGCAUAGAAUUGAUGUAAUAGACCAAGAGAAGUUGACAUACAGCUAUGCAGUGAUCGAGGGGGAUGGUGCACUGGAAAAAGUGGAUUCAAUUGCACAUGAGGUUAAGUUCGAGGCCACCGAAGAGGGAGGUUGCAAGAUCAAGAAUGUCAGCAAGUAUCAUCCCAAAGUAGGGGUUGAUGUCAAAGAGGAAGAUUUCAAGGCUGCAACUGAGGAAGGUUUGGCUCUCCUCAAGGUAGUGGAUGCCUAUCUUGUGGCAAACCCUGAGGCCUAUGCUUGAAGCAUUGAAGGGAUAUUAUAGGACACCUAUGCAUUACAUUAUAUUUUGAUGUUCUCUAAACUCAGCCUAUAUAGUCUACUUUGAAACCAAAUAUGAUAUGGCUUAUAAUAAAAUUUGAGUUAUUUUCAUGA